AAAGUAAAUCAAGAUCCAGUAAUAUUUAGUAGUAUUCGGAAAGCUUUAUUCAAUGUUUCGAAUUUUCAAUAUUUCUGUUCAACUAAUUUUUUUUCUUUUUCUCUCUUCCUUCUUCUUCUUCUUCUUAGUCUUUUUUGGCUUUAUGCCGUCAUAGAGGGUCAAGUGCCCUCAAGUGAUGAAACAUUUUUCAAAAAUUGACGUGGUCCACGAGUGUCAAGUUGGCAACGCACUUUCUUAAAAAGGUUUCAUCAAUAAGCUUUCUCAAUACUUCUUAAAAAGUUCUAUAGUUCCUGGUCUCGUUCUAAAGGUUGCUUUAGGAACCAGCAGUGAGUAGCGGAGAACCUCUGCCCGCCAAGCUACACGUUCGUGUUCACGUGUAGCUCGGCUACGACGGGAUUCGCAUUAUCGACGGAGGCGAGGAUCACAAGAUUCUACUUUCGGACUCACCGUUACGAUUUAGCGCCAUGAUUUUGGUAUCGCCUACUCAUCUCUGUACCGACAGACCUUAGGUUUAUACACAAGACUUUAACACUCUAGCGGAAACUAAGAGUAGUUUGCACAUAUCAAAAGGAUCAACAGCUACUGUCAAACACUUAUCAGCAGUUGGUAAAACAAUGGAAUAUCACUUAUCGAUUAAACUCGAUACCUUUGCAUUACAUAAUAAACAUGAUCUAGCUUCAGUUUUAUCCUGGUAAUCCGAAUUAUAACAUUUUAUAUUAUUUUUUUUCCGAUGAUUUUACUAGACAGAAAGUAUGCGCACAGUUUCCCUUUUGACUUUACUUUAUCUUUCAUUGAUAUUAUCAGAAAGCGAAGCCUUCGGAAAACGUCGAGCUCAAAAGACACGCUCACACGAAAGUACAAACAAUACCCAUGUAUUUUAUAACCCCUUACCGGACGCCAAUGCGAUCUGUAUAGAUCCUCACUGUAACUGCGGAAAUACGGGUUUUGGAAUAGUACAGAAGAUACCAUAUUUGCCCUGGUCAACCUUCGAUGCUCCAAUCGACAUACAGUUUUCAUCGGCCUGCGUGAAGUGCGGUCUCUGUCUGACGGUCGCAUUUAAAUUAAACGAAACCUUAACGGAAAUCCACAAUAGGCUACCGCUUGGCACUUGGCUCAACGAUACCGAAGCGACGACACAUUUUCAAGAAAUCUGUGCCGAUUCUUUCAAACAUCACAGUUUACGUGAAGUCAAUGGAAAACGAUAUAUCAUCGAGAGAAUACCAAGAUCGACCUUGGUCAGUUCCACUGCCGAUGGACUCUGGGAAAUCAACCUUAGGGACAAGUGUAGACAAUUCCUUAAGAACAUGGAUCCGGUUAGGUUAUACAGACACUGGCAGGAACGAUAUUUUUUCGAUGAAUCGUAUCCAGAUAUUCAAGAUAUUCUUUGUAGGAACGAUGAUAUCUUUCGUGACUGUAAGAACAUUGAGGAUACACCAGAAAGACAUCACAGACCGGACAUUGAUUUUCGUGCGAAUCUCAAAAUGAGAGUGGAAUUCAAAUGUAAAUAGUAGCUUCCGUUUUAGCAAAAUAUUCACUUUACAUUUGCUAGCUAGAUCGACAAAUAUCAUUGUACAAUAAUAAAUAAAGUAUUACCGGUAGA